UUCGUCGUAUAUGGAUUUUGCGGUAACCAACCAACCAAACAAGUCUGUAGCAGAGAGAAAGAAUAAUUUUUUUAGGCCUACAUCUCCAAGUGCAGGGGAUUAGACUUGAAUGCUGUCUACAUUGAUACAGUGUGAUUGGUUUAAUGGUUAGGCCUAUGCAACUGCUGGUGGUCAUUUACAAUCAUCAGGAACAUUUAAUUGUUGGUUGUGCAGGAAGCGAUUCGUUUACUGAAAACAUUCAUAUCCUUAGGGAGAAAACAUACAGACUACUCAUGCAAAAAAACGUCUAACAGAACUUGUUGGAGUUCAUAAGCCUACAGGGCGCCCAUGUUUUUCCUUUUACCACUUAUCAGCAUAGUUGUUUUUCGUGAUAGGAACGGUCGUCACCAUGUCAAUGGAACCACCGUUGAGUCAAUCUCGGUGUGUGUUGUCGCCGAUUGCCGCUGCGAGGAUAAAGAAGAAGAUGAAUCGAAAACAAAGCGAUGAUGGACAGACAACAAUGGUGGACUCCUUUCUGCAGAGAUUCACCACAAGGCGGAAGAAGUUGAAAUUAAAUCACCACUUGAAGAAGCAUGACGCAUCCGUAGUCAUUGAAGAAGACAAGGAAGAGGAGGAGGAGGAAGAGGACGAAGUGAUGGCGGUCGUCGUUCCUGACGGCGACUUCCUCCUCUACUGGUUGGCAGUGGUCAGCAUCGCCGUGGUGUAUAACCUCUGGGUGGUGAUCGCUCGCGAGGCCUGGCCAGAGCUCCAAGAGAAAAGCCAUGUGGGCUGGUUCGUUAUUGACUACUUCUGUGACUUCAUCUACAUUUUGGACAUUGUGGUCCAGGCCCGCACGGCCUACUUGGAGGAGGGUCUCCUUGUCCUUGACGGCAAGAAACUCUUAAGACAUUACCUAAGAUCAUGGCAGUGCAGAGUCGAUCUCCUCUCCCUCCUCCCCACCGAUCUCUUCUACCUCCUUAAUACCAGCCGCCUGCACCCGAUCGUGAGAUGUCCAAGGUUCCUUCGGGUCUAUAGGUUCUACUCCUGGUACAUUAAAGUCGAGACUAGGACCCAUCUCCCAAAUCUCUUCCGAGUUCUCUACUUAACCCACAUUUUGCUCCUGGGUCUCCAUUGGACCGCGGCGGCUUACUAUGUCCUAUGCGAAGCUAUUGGUCAUAGAUUCGCUCCAGAUUUGUUUUUGGACCAUGCCGAGACAAACACCACUUUAGCUCUCAAAUAUCUUGUUUCCUUUUACUGGUCGACAUUGACAUUGACCACGAUUGGUGAUCUUCCUACUCCCCACACCGAGAUCGAAUAUGUCGUUCAAAUCAUUGGAUAUCUGAUGGGCAUUUUCAUCUUUGCCACAGUUGUUGGGCAAGUCGGGGAUAUCAUAGGGAACCGUAACGCGACGCGGAUGGACUUUGAACGCCAAGUAGAUAAUGCUAAGCGGUACAUGAGAAGAAACAACGUUCCGAGAGAUGUCCAAUUACGGAUACUUAGGUGGUAUGAUUACACCUGGGCACGUGGGGCUACGCGUGGACAGUGUGACAUCAAUUCAUUGGGACUGCUUCCUGACACACACCGUACGGAACUCGCUCUUCAUGUCAAUCUUAAAACAUUAAAGAAGGUUUCGAUUUUGAAGUUCUGUCCUCCCGAGUUCCUUCACGAUCUGGUCCUGAAGAUGCAUCUUUGUAUCUUCACCCCUGACGACCUGGUUUGUAAGAAGAAUGCUGUUGCCAAGGAGAUGUUCAUAGUAUCCCAUGGAUCUUUCAAAGUCACCGAUGACUCUGGUAAGGUGGUCAGCACUCUGAAGUCAGGUGACUAUUUUGGAGAGAUCGGCAUACUCAACGUUGAAGGCAGUAGUAACAGGAGAACGGCUAAUGUAUAUUCUGUUGGGUUCUCUGAGCUUUUCUCCCUCUCUAAAGAUGACGUUCUGGGUGUGCUUAAAGACUAUCCGUCUGUAAAGAGCAUGAUGGAGGAUAAAGCAAGGCAAAAACUUGAGAGACUGCACUCGGAGGAGCCCGAUUGUGACGUCACUGGAACGGAUGACGAGAAAAACCGCAACCGAGCCGAUAGUCAUUCUGAAAUCAGCAGGAGUUCCAAUCCUCAUGUCGAAACGCGAGAAGAUUUGCCUCAGACAGAUUCACUCCAAGAUGACGAGACCAAACGGACCAGUAAGACUGGUAGAUACGUCCCGGCCAAGAAGAGGACUUCGUCAACCUACUCGGGACUUUCCGGGAUCGCGAUGGAGGAGAUCGUGCCGGUUGAGAGGGUCGUUUCGGAGAAAAUCGACAUUUUGGCGGGGGAUACCGAUAAGGGGAAAGACAGGGACAUGGAAGCCCACAAGACGAAUUGGAUUCUCAAGCGAGAGAACGAAUCUAAAGCUGCCUACAUCCAAGCAUUGGAGAAACGGAACAAAGAGUUGGAAGCUCUCCUAAAAGCUACCAGCCCAUUUCAAGCCUCUGAUACAUAGCGAUAACAUUGGCCGUUGCCUGAAAUAUUGGGUUUGAUUAUGACUAUUGUAGCGUGUCAUUAUCUUUUUUUAUUGAUGGAUAACAAAAAUUAACGUGCUAUCUCGUUUGGCAUUGACUGAUGUUAACAAUUUGUUUUCUUCCAAACUGUGAUUUGUAGCUUAUCUAUUGGGUUAUAUCAAACUAUAAUGCAAUAUAAUUAUUAUAUGUGUAUACUUCUGGUCCCCGUCUUAAAAAAAUUGAUGUCAAUCACAACUUUGUACAUGAGAGAUAGGAGACUGCAAAUUUGCUAUUGAUCGGAGAACUUAUGAUUAAUUUGGAUCAAUCGCAACUCUUUAGAAGACGGGGGCCCUGAAAUCAUACAUCCUCCACUAUCUCUCUCUCUCUCCCUCUCUCUCUCUUUCUCUCUCUCUCUCUCCCCCUCUCUCUCUCUUUCUCUCUUUCUUUCUCUCUCUCUCUCUCUCACUUUCCUCUCUGUAUCUAUCCCUCCAUCCCCCACUUUUCAUCUGUUUUCCGUCUUCAUCUGUUACUUUUCCUCUCUAAUCCUCUUUUUUCAAUACAUCCCACUCACUCCCCCCCCCUCUCUCUCUCUCUAUCUAUCUAU